AUGGCGCUGCUGUACCGCGCAACGCGGCUUAAAGACCGCGCCGACACCCACGUCUUUACUUUCGUCGUCACCCGCUCAGCUACGCGCGAGCCGGACCGUGACGUCACUUCAAAGGAUUUUACUUGCGCCCAUCAGCGUUGGGCUGUCGCAUUCAGCAGAACCGACACUUCCCUGGGCAUCUACUUAGUAUGGCGAGGAGUUUGCGAGGGCAUGCGCGUAUAUGUCGACUUCACCUUUACUCUUCUAAGCCGCGACCACUUCACAGCAAAUGAAGGUUUCUCUGGAAAACAAGUCAGGUUCAACGCAGGAUGUGCAGCACAGGGCCGCGGACGAUGCGUCUCUCUCGCGGAGCUCAACGCGAAAUUCGCGGACGCUCGCGGCGAGUUCCAACUGGAAUUGAGUAUGUCCCGUGUGAGAACUCUUUAUUCUUGUGAACUUCGGGCACCACGGCUUGACACUCCUCCCUUUGCAUUCGCCGCUUUCGACUGGUCUGUGUCUGCAACUGGCGGAAGCGGCAAAGAACCUCUCUCCUUGCGUUUGGUGCGUUUGUCUGGUGAAGGACAGCUGAGUAGAGUCAGAUACGCCCUCGCUCUUGGUGAGGGUGACAGACGGAUACACUCCGGACCGCUCGAAUGCCUGUGCGAUGGUGAGGGACGAACACCCCCUUGGAUACCUAGACCUCCUUCUAGAUUACUUCAUAAAGGAGUGCGGCUAACGGUGGAACUGGUAUGGGCGAGGGCUUUAGCUGAAUUAGCUGUUCCAGUUGGGGGGCGGGCUGCCACCUGCUACGACCGUGAUAAGCAGGCAUGGGCAUUGCGUUGUGAUACACAUUCGGAACUAGUCAGACUCCACAUGUUAUAUCGUGACGUGCACCAUGUGCCUAGAAAUCAUCUACGGUACGUAAGCUGGUCCGCCUGGUUGGUGCGAACAGGGGCUGCCCCCGGCGAACCAGACGCCAGUGAGCUACCAGGUGCACCCUUCGAGAAUUACUACGCUCAAGAAAGUGCAGAUGAAGGUUUGAUGAUGGAAACGGCGCUUCGCGUCGAAGAGGUCUCUCGUGCUGGUUGUCCCUUCUUGCAUCCAGGCGGUGAAGUUAGAGUACGCAUUGAAUGGGGUGAUACUUAUUUGCUCUUCCAAGCUACUUAUCAUGUUUACGACGAUCUGUGUCGUUUGCAUGCUCAUCAAAUGAGACGAGAAAUAGCUGUGUUACAAGCAGAGAACUAUUCAUUGGAGCGGCAGCUGUUUAGCUACCAGAAGAGCCUGGCAUACGCGCAGGCGCAGGCAGGCGAGCCGGCAGCAGCGGAGGGCGGAGGCCGAAGAUCUCCCGCAGAGCGGUCGCUCUCAACGGACACCGAAUAUGCUUGA